ACCUGGUGAAGUCUUUGUUUUGGGCAGGGUAUUUUAUGAGUGCCCGACGCCGGUCCUGCUGUUGUUUGUUUGUUUGUUUGUUAGUAUGUAUCUGUCACGUUCGUAGCGCUGUUCAAGCGCUAUCCGCCUAGCGAUAAGCGGCGAUUCUCCGAUUAUUCCUGAGCGGUACGACUUAAGCCUUUUCCCUGCUCACUUAAGGAAAUUUGUGUAUCCCUGUCCUGUGACACAAAUGCGUGUAAUUUUUCGCGGUUCUUUUCUUCUUUCACUGCUUUUACUCAUAAUGUUGGUGAGGGGGGGAAAAGUCAGCAUCCAGGUAGAGCAGGAGAAAGCCGCUCGGCAGAGGAGAGUUCAUCAGAAAGGGAUUUGUUUGUUUGUUUUUUGUUAUAUGUUGAUGAGUGUCAGUAUUCACUAGAGGUGUACGAAUAUUCGAAAUUUCGGAUGUCGUUGGAAUAUUGUUGAUAUUCGAACCCUAUUCGUAUUCGAAAAUUUGAUAAUCGAGAAAUUCGAAUAUUCGAAAAUUUCGAAUAAUGCAGCACAAGCGCCAGCAUUCCCGCUAAAAUGAACAGAAUUCCAGGUAUUGUGAUUAAUCUUGCGAAAAUUCCACGUUUGGCACGUCCUUAGCGCGAUUUCCAAUUGGAAUCUGACUUCAUGUGCAUCCAGCAAAACCGCAAGUUGGCUUCACACGUCUGGUAGGCUACCUAGCCGAUUUGAUUUUUUUUGUGUGCUUUCGUUAUUUUUUAAAGAUAAUACAGACUCGAAGAAGUGUUUGUUUGUUUGUUUGUUUGUUAGUAUGUGCCUGUCACGUUCGUAGCGCUAUUCAAGCUUUAUUUGCUUUGCAAAAAUUCAGACUUUAUGGUAUUAAGCUGUUCGAGUAGAAGUGACUUUCCCUGCUCGCUUAAGAUAAAUUGUGUAUCCCUGUCCUGUGCUUUCUUCACGAAGGGACAAUGCAAAUGAGUAUUUAGCAUUAUGCAAUAAUUAUCUGAUAGCAGAAAUGGGUGUCUUUGUCACAGUUUAUUAGCGUGUGUGUCGAUAUUUUAUUUUAUUUUUCUCUCUUAUAGCUAUGCGAGCAAAAGUGCGUGUAAUUUUUUUCUGCUCUUUUCUUAUUUUCUCUACUUUUAUGUAGAAGAAAGCCUCCUGCGUAAAAGCUGAAUAGUGUUCUAUCAGUGGAAGUGGGGUUGUUUGUUUGAUUUUGUUGGGUGUUCGAUAUCUUGACGAAGUAAGCAGUGCUUAAUUUUGCAGGUUUUUGAGCAGAAAUGCUGGUAUCUGAGCACGGAGUACAAAUUUAUAUAUUUCUCUGCUCCCUAAGAAAAUUUGUACGUCGUUUUCCAAGCAGACCGCGUUUAGUUUACGCAAAAUAGAAAAAUGAAGUUGUGUAUGCUCUAUGAUGAUCCGCCGCAGGCUUAGGCCUUUUCCCCGAUCACCAGUGUUUUGUAUGCGAUGUCGCAUGUCUAGACUUGUUCAGUAGUGUUGCAAUUUUUACUCUUCGCUAAUAUCUUGUUGCUGUCGUCUUGGGUUAGACGUUGAGCUUCGUAGCGAUGUGCGGUAACGCUACGAUUAUUCCUGAGCGCUCCGUGUGUUUAAUGCGUUGUCCUCUGUGCGUGCAUGCGCGUGCUUUUUCCCCUGAUUUGUGACGUCAUCGUGGCAUGUCUGGACUUGUUUAGCAGUGUUGCAGUUCUUCCCGCCGCUAGUAUGUUGUUGGUGUCAUGUUGUGCUAGCCGCGUGGCGAUGUGUGGUGACCUGAGGUCUUAAGCCUUUUCCCUGCUCACCUAAGGAUAUUUGUGUAUCCCUGUCCUGUGCUUUCUUUACGCAAGGGUAAUGCGACUGUGUAUGUGGCAUUAUGCAAGAAUUAUCUGGUGGCAGAAAUGGGUGUCUUUUUCUCAGUGUAUUGGCGUGCGCUACGGUUUCUUGCAGUUACAGCUAUUGGAGCACACAUGCGUGUAAUUUUUCGCGGUUCUUUUCUCCUUUCACGGCUUUUACUCAGAAUGUAGAUGAGGGGAAACAGUCAGCAUCCAGGUAGAGCAGGAGAAAGCCGCUCGGCAGAGGAGAGAGUUCAUGAGAAUGGAAUUUGUUUGUUUUUUGUUAUAUGUUGAGUGUCAGUAUUCGCUUUCCUCGAUAUGUUGAGGAAGUCAGCCGUUAUAGGUAUUUGUGCAGAAAAUCUGGUAUCUGAGUGUGUGGAGUAGAAAUUCCUAUAAAGCACCUCUCCUUGUGCAUUCCUGAGCUGCUGUGUGCGCGCGCGUGCUUCUUUUUCCUGGUUUGCGACGUCAUGAUGGCAUGUUGGGGCUUGUUUAGCAGUGCUGCAAUUUUACCCGCCGCUAUUAUCUUGUUGUUGUUAUCUUGUGUUAGCCGCGUAGCGAUGUCCAGUGACUCUGCUAUUAUUCCUGAGGUCUUAAGCCUUUUCCCUGCUCACCUAAGGAAAUUUGUGUAUCCCUGUCCUGUGCUUUCUUUGCGACAAUGCGUCUGUGUAUGUGGCACUAUCAGAUACCAGACAUGAGUGUCUUUUUCUUGGUUUAUUGGCAUAUGCUCCAGGUUUUUCAAGUCAAGCAAAAGUGCACACAAUUUUUGCUGCUCUUUUCUUAUUUUCUCUACUUUUUAUGUAGAAGAAAGCCUCCUGCGUAAAAGCUAAAUAGUGUUCUACCAGUGGAAGUGGGGUUGUUUGUUUGAUUUUGUUGGGUGUUCGAUAUGUUGAGGAAGUCAGCUGUUAAAGGUAUCCGUGAAGAAAUGCUUGCAUCUGAGCGCAGGAUAGGAAUUCCUGAAGCACGGCACCCUCAGUGUAAAUUAAUUAUUUUGGAUAUGAGAUUGCUUCCCUGCAUGACAAGGCUGAAAUGGGAAGAGAGAAAAAAUUGGAGCGCUUCAUUAGUAGCGAUCCAAAUAAUAGGGCAAUUAUAGUUUCCAUAGAAAGUAGAAUUUUAAUGGGCUCCUAAAAUUAUAGUUUAGUUGUAGUUUUUCUAAACUGCAAUGCAAUAAUCAUUAAUAUAGUAUAGGAAUGCUAUCGUGUUCCCGUAAAGGCGUUCUGUCUUGUGCUUUGGAAUGCGCGAAUAGAACUUUGCUCCCAGGCUUUUCCCGCCUUUAUGCUCGCAAUGCGCGAAUGGAACUUUGCCCACCCAGCUUCCGCGCCUUUUUUGCUCGCAGGUGUAGCCUCAGACAACGAAUGUGUGAGCAUAGAAAGGGUCAUGUAUUACAUAAGCCUGGAGGUGAUGUUGAGUGGUCUCACUUAUUAUUUUAAAAGAGCAGUGGCAGUUUACUGUAAUUCUAAUGACCAUGAUGAGCCUUUGGGGUGAAAAUCGUUAAUAUGCGGGGUGCUUUUUUGUUGAAUUUUAAUGAGAGAAUCAAUGUCGUUAAGAGUAGGACAAAGGAAAUAAUCUUGCGAUUCAAUAAAUAAUAAUAGGAGUCUUUGUCUGUGUCUUCUUCAAACAGGAUGUGAUGACGUCACGUGGUCUGUAGCAAUGCAUUGACCGUUACUGGAAAAAAGUGUGGCAAUAGAAAAAUAGUGUGUAUUGUCCUGGGCAGAUUUAUGAUGAGCACUGUUUUUGAAUAAGAGGAGUGCGUGUGCUUAGAAAUAGUUUGAUGCUGGUUUCCUUCUUUGUUUCUUUUCGCUUUUUCCCCCCUUGUCUGACAAACAUGUGCUGACAUGCCUGGGCUUGUUCUGACAUGCUUUCCUUCUACAUGUAGUUUUUUUCUUUUUGUACAAGGCAUAUUCUUGACGAUAGUGCUGCCUUGAAUGGGAGUAGAGCUAUUCUUAAUAAUUUUGCGAUUCAUUUAGUUCAGAGAGUAACCGCGAGGAGGACAGGUGUGUGACUUGAUGUCUUGCUGAACCAUUUUUUUUUUUUUUUUCCUGUACAGUAAGACUUUGGGAAUGAAAUGCUACAAUCUCCUCUUGUCUAUGGUGCUCUUCUGCAAUAGUUUCCUAUGCAAUCAUUAUAGUAGAAUAAAGGAAAUAAUCUAGGGAUAGUGAUUCAAUAAAUAACAGGUGCCCUUUCUAGAGCGUACGCGUCCUUGAGCCACGCAGGUGCAUGAUGACGUCAUACUGUGGCUUCAUUGUAGAUUGACCAAAGGAGCAUUAGUGGAAAAAAACAGGGUAGCCCUGAGACAAUAGGAUGACGUCACGACCAAUGAGAACGGCCAGCAGGGGGCGCAAGGAUUCACUUCUCUCUUGGACACUGACGGGUCUCGACACACAAAUUCUGCUCCUGGCGUUGGCCGUCAGUGGAAGAGCGUAGCUUCGGUGGGGUUCUGUCUGCCUCUGAUGGGGUGCGGAUGUGUGGUUCGUCACUGGUGAAUGGUGUUCGACGAUGCAGGUGGAUUUUGUGACGAGCGGAUUUACAAUGAGGGAAUGCUGUGAACGGGAAAAAUUUUGGUGAGUGUCUUUUUCACUCUGUUCAAGUGUUUGUUUUCCUCUGUUGCCCAGCAGUCGUACGAUUUGUCCUGACGUGUCCUGACAUGCCCCGAUAUGCAUGCUUUCCUUUGUUGACGCUUAGUAUUUUUUUCUCUUUUGACAAGGAACAUUGUUGUCUUGACGAUAGUGCUGCCCUGAGUUCUGCGCGCGUUGAUUUGUUGAGUGCCUAGUCCUCUUAUUAGACGUUGUUGGAGUUACAUGUUAGGAUGUUUUGUUCUUUUGCAAGUCUCAUUUAGUAAGACUUUGGAAUUCCUUCGAUCAGCUUUCAUGCAUGGUGCUCUUCUGCAAUAGUUUCCUAUGCAGUCGUUAUAGAAGAAUAAAGGAAAUAAUCUUGGGAUAGUGAUUCAAUAAAUAAUAGGUCCCCUGUCUAGAGCGCACGCGUCCUUGAGCCACGCAGGUGCAUGAUGACGUCAUACCGUGGCUUCACUGCAGAUUGACCAAAGGAGCAUUAGUGGAAAAGAACAGUGUAGGCUUGAGACAAUAGGAUGAUGUCUGGACCAAUGAGAACUGCCAGCAGGGGGCGCAGGAAUGCUCUUCUCACUUAGCCUCACGACCAAUGAGAACGGCCAGCAGGGGGCACAGGAAUGCUCUUCUCUCUUAGCCUCUCGCAGGUGGCGGUAGGAGCGCGCAGAGGGCGCUACGAGCGCGCGCAUGCGUAGCACCCGUAGAGUGGCGCUUACGUCAGUCCACCUCUGGCUCUCGUUGGGAGAAGACGUGCGGUCGUUCGCUCCGUCGUCACUUGAUCCCUGGCUGUCGACGAGAGCAGUCGCAUCGGUCUGCGCUCCUACUGUGAGCUGUCCUAACUUGCCCAGACAUGCCAUGAUGACGUCACAGCUGACGUCACAGGAUGUGCGGAACUGGUGCUGCGAUGCUUUGCAACCUGCCUCUGUGCUCCGUCGCCCAGCGACGGUCAGCGGGCGUUCCGGACCGCUUUCUUCAAGAUGACGUCGUUGAUCUUCAACUAAACUCCUUCUCUCCACUCUAUUUCUAUCUCUUCAUUUUAUUUUCUACCUAUUUUUUUUAUUUUUAUCAGCUCAAGUAGCCGGCAACUCACAUCUUCGUCUGGACGUGUCUUAGAUGGUCCCCAAUUAGUGUAAUGACUCUCUGGAGGGUCCUGAUUAAUGUGGGGUGUCCCAAUUAGCUCUAAUUGCUAAUUAAUGGCGUCCAGACGAAGAUGUGACUUGCCGGCUUCUUGAGCUGAUACAUUACUACUCCCUGUUUGGUUUAACUAUCGAGAGAGGCUCGAACAAGGGUGAUUAACCCUUUUCAAAGCGAAACUGUCUCCUGCAUCGUCCUGAUUCAUCAAUGUGAGAUCGAGUCUCCCAACUGUGCCGGCGUCUGUUUGACAGCACGUUGACAACACCGUGACCAACAUAGUUCGUCUUAGCUACAGCCUUCCGCAAAGAGAAAGUCUGAAAGUACACUGCGAUAUGUUAUAUUUACAACAAGUAAACAUGUGAAUAAUUCACCACGAUCCAGUUGCUACGCAAACCCAUCUUGAAUACAUUUGGGACUGAACGAUUCUUCCGAGUUGCUAAAAGUCUCUCUAGUUCGCUUCCCAUAAGCGUUUCGAAUCGGCAGGAUCAGUCGUUUGGUUCGGGCACAAACGACUCACUCGUUGAACCGUUUCAGUGCAUCUCAGCAAGUUGCGCAAACGUGAGAAAAAAAGUAGGUUCACCAACUGAGCAUGAAGUGCUGGUGACAUUAGUGCGUGUAUGAGCAACGUGUGCGCCACCUGUGUAGUGUCUGUUCCGCAUCCAUGAUGACAUGCAAUCGUAAAUGUAUGAAAAUUUCCUACCAAGGUGUGCAUACUAGAAGCAUAUUCUGUUUGAUAGCCUGUAAAUUGUUGAGUACACAUGAGGCUUGUCUUGCUUUUGUCUACAACUUACAUAUAUCAGCAGCAAAGAGGCACCGGUCGAAUAAGCGACAGAAAAAGGGCACCGCAACAGAACUCUUGUUGUGGCUCGCGUGUUCAAUGUAGUCCUGCCAUUGGGACCAUGUUCUUUUUGUUGUGUAGUUGCUUAGUCCGCUAUACUUGCAUGAGUUAUAGGUACUUAUUUGCAGCUGCCUGACUCUACUGGUAACUUUUGUUAUCUAUGUCUAAUUUGACCCAAUAAUCAUAACGUUAGAUCUAUAUUUUCAACAUAACAAUAAUUACACAUAUACUGCAAACUGCUUGGCUGAUCGUACUCGUGUGUAAGAUAUUGGUAGAGCGCACCCAGACCACUGAAAUGAAGCAGGCUACACGAAUGUUUCAAUGACCUGUUAGUCGAUUGCAUUGUUUACUCACAUGCUGCAUGGGUUUAUCAGGAAAUACUUCGGGAGGUACAACAUGAUGAACUCUACUUACUUGCCCGGGUUCAUCUCGAGCUUCAUGGCCAUCCUGCUGGAGAGGAAAAGCAGGAGACAAGCUCUCGCCAUCUAUGUGUGCAACAUUGCAUCUGAAACUAUCUACCGCAUACUAGCAUCCCGCCAAGUUGUCCGCGCCGUCAAGUACGGUGAGGUAUACAUGUUCUGCCUCACCACAGCCUUCUAUAUGCUGCUCCUCAAGAGUCACGGAUAUUCAAGGGACCCAGUGAGCAAACUUUUUCAGUUCCUUGUCGGCAACUGUGAAGGUAAAGCUGCACCUUACGGAGCGAAAGAAUCCAUGUGUGAAUCCAGUCUCGAAGAUAUUAGACCAGCAAAUGUAGGCAGCCAAGUCUUGACAAGAAAUGCCAGUAAUCCUUCUUUUACAAUUUGGUCUCGUCAUCCAGCGUGUAUUCACAAGGAAAACUGUUCAACGUAUUCGUUCAGGGGAUUUCUUCGUCCUUUCCUGGUCGGAUAUGCUGUUCGUGCGGUGUUACGUGUUGUAUCCAGCUACAAGCUCAUCGCUCGAAAACCACUAGUAUUACUUCGAGCGCUACUGAAGCCGGAUAACCUGAGGGUGGCACUAUUUCUUGGCUGCUUUGGAGGUUUUUACAGAGGUUCCAGUUGUCUGCUUCGUUGGAUAACUGGAAGCAACCAAGACUGGCACGCACUUCCAGCUGGCCUGGUAGCUGGAUCCUCAAUGUUCUUCUAUCCCAGUCCAAGUAUGGCCCUAUACCUCCUGUGGAAACUUGUAGAGCAUACUUAUUUAUUGGGCAUAGAGAAGAAAGGCUUUCCGACAGUACCAGGAGCGUCGGUGUGGCUCUACUCACUCUCCUGCUCAGUCAUAUUCUAUGCUGCCGUGUUUGAGCCCCACAACCUGAGGCCGACGUACUGGAGUUUCUUGAAGAGGCUGUCUUAUAACAGGUUCUCAUUGCUCAACAGAAACGUGUUUGAUUUAUUUGGUCUGCAAACUACCAAGCUUUUUGGUGAUUUCUUCCCUGUGCUGGAUACAGAAUACACAUCACGGAAGUUCCAAGAGACUGUUCUAAUCUGGGUGCCUUACUGAAUGUUAUGUGCCUUUCCACGAAAUAAUUCAAUGGUAGCCGGUGCGUUGCCGAUUAUA